UAGGUCUAAUAAAUAAAAUUACAAUCAAUUAUAAACGUUUGUGGAUGAUAAACAUCUCUUGUAAGUGUUACUCUAAUUACUAGGUAUCUAAUCUAGUGUGAUAAUGUAGAAGUUGGUACAGAAAUAUCAAGUGCUGAAUAAUACCAAAUGAUUCAAGGAAGAUGUCGGUUGUGGAACAUGAGCAUAGCUGCCCUAGUCUGCCUGACAAUAUACAAUGUGAUGUUGACCCUAAAACUGAUGUACGCUCAGGAGUGUCCGAAGCAGCAACAGAAAAUUAUACAGAAAGUUGUUUACCAGAAGUGCAACCAGGAGUCGCCAUCAAUCCCGGAUGAUGCCUUUUCCUCUCUGGACCUAAACUUAGGCCGGUGGGAUAACCAACAUAAGUAUAAGAUGUUUGACAAUUUUGUUUUAGGAGAAAAAUACAUAAUCCUCAGCAACGUCUACAAAACCUGCCUAGCGACUCAGGGCUCCCUGGAUAAGCUACCAUCAAUAAUAGAAGUUGCCAACAACUGGAAUGGGCCUAUAUCUCUCGCGACAUUUGCGGCCAGCGAAGACGAACUCAAUGCUUUACUGUUUUAUAUCUCGUACUUGAAAAAAUGUAAUGAAAAAAUCAACGAUAAGGUAACAUUCCAUCUAGCAUUGACCAAGGACCGCAAACCGAAGAGGUUCAACCUAGAUAUAGAAAAACUUAGAGAAGCGAAAUGUGAUAGUCCAAUAGAAAUACUUCAACACUUAACUAGAAACCUCCACAAGGGUGCUAAUCAAUGGAGAGCCAAAUUACCGUAUCCUCAGAAUCAUUUGAGAAACUUGGCUCGGAAGAACUGUCAAACGAAGUUCGUUUUCCUUACUGAUGUCGAUAUAAUCCCCAGCAGAAACAUGGCUGAAAGUCUUGAUGUGUUUUUUAAUGAUGAUGUAUGUAAGAAGGGGAGAAAAUGUGCUUUUGUUGUGCCAACUUAUGAAAUUGACGAGAGAGUGAUGUUUCCCCAUAAUAAGACUGAGCUAAUAAGAAUGGCGACUAAGGGACUGGCCAGACCAUUUCACCAUAAAGUCUUUAUUUAUAAUCAGUAUGCCACAAAUUUUUCAAGGUGGCAGACAACUAUGGACGAAAAUAAUGAUGUACAUAUUAGUCACCCCGUAACUAAUUUUGAAUUUCUAUAUGAACCAUUUUACAUUGCACCAGACAUAGUACCACCACAUGAUGAACGGUUUAUAGGAUAUGGAUAUACUAGAAACAGUCAGGUGUAUGAAAUGUUCGUAGCCGGCUAUGAGUUCCAUGUUCUUUCACCUAUCUUCACGUGCCAUUGGGGUCUACAAGUAAAAAAAUCACGACCGCCGUGGCGAGAACACCAAAACAAUCUUAACAGAAAACAUUUUGACGGAUUCAAAAGGGAAGUAUUCGCCCGAUACAACAGAGAUCCACUUAAUUUCAUGGCCUCGAAGAAAAAUUGAUGGUUCAGAUUUUUGAGAACGUUUUUAUGGGACCAACGACCUGCUUCGAGAGAUUAUACUAUCCGUAGAUUGUAAAACGACUUUUAAAAUAUUCCUACGUGCACAGAUACUACCAGCAGUAUUAGUAUUUUUGAAUAUAGACAGCAGAUACACUUAUUUCUCUAAACUUAUUGAUAAAGUGCAAUUUUUAAAUAAAAAUUAAGCAUAAUCAAAGUGGAUAAUGAUA